AGGGCACCAUCAUCGGCACUUUAAAAAACAGUUCUUUUGCUUUGCAAUCAUUUUUUUUCGUUCCUUUCACUAAACCGACAUCCGUUUUUUAUCAGUCUAUUGAUACCAAACUAAAUCUAUCCGUCACAACUUUCUACAGCAUUACAGUGUCCCUGCCAUGGCUGAGAUCAAAAGCUCAAAUUACUCGAAUGAACCAAGCAGCAUUAAGCGCAUUCACAAUGACAGGAAGCAUGCUACCUCCACUUUAUACUGGUAUCCAAUACUUAGACGACAAAACGCUACGGUUGGCGAAGAGGAUAUUGAAAUAUCUGAUAAACUCCACAAACCCUCAGCAACAGCGCCUAGCAAUGUGGAUCGAUGUUGCAGGAUUUGUUAUGGAUCCGAAGAGAAUGACACCACUCAAAAGUUCAUCAUGCCAUGCAACUGCAAAGGGACAGUUCGCUUCGUUCAUCGGCAGUGUCAUGCCGAUUGGGUUCACUCAAAUACCAGCACAGAAUCGCUUGAAUGCAAUAUGUGUCGCUUCAAAUACCACAGUAUGCAUAUCCAGCAAAUGGAGAAUCAUUGGAACCGGCAAAAAAACGAUAAUAUUUCCGAUUACAUCAGUCACAUUUCAGUAAAUCGACAGAAUAUGCGGACACUUCUAGUAUUCGCAUUUUCGGCAAUUGUGAUUGUGAUCUACGAUGCCGUCCAUUGUAGCGAGAUUCGAAAAAUUUCUGAAUCGAGAUUCGGACGAGAAUCCGCAGAUAUGGUUCCCUUUGAUAACUUGCGAUUGCCUGUUUUGGAAAGAUCUUGCUGGCAAGCAAGUAUAAGUGGAAGAAUAUAUUCUAUUCUUAGGUUUUCUGUGGGGAUCACCAAUUUUUGGUACCUAGGUGCUAUGCUUAUUUUGAUCGUCAUUCUGUGCAAGAAAAUGGAAAACGGGAGAAUAUCGGCAACUGGAACGCAUUCAUAGUCAUUGUGAUGGAACUGAAUAAAUAACAUGUUGG